UCGGACCGACUCAUUCAGUUACACCAUUGCCUCCGAGUUGUAUGUCUACCUUCUUCUUCUUCCUGCGCGAAUGAAUAAAAUCCAUAUCAGAACAAAGUAUCGCUUAUAGAAGAAGCAGGUUACAUAGCUUUUACAAAUUCACAAUUCCCGAGAAAACCAAACCCUGGUGGCCUGGCGAUGCAAGGAAUAGAGAAGAAAAAGACAAAGGAGACGAUCCUCAGGCAGCCUGUUUCUCCCGAAACCACUACCAGUAAACAAAAGGGAGGGCCCUCCGAUCACUUUCAGAAUGUCCAGGUCGUUAAGGGCAUCAAUGGCCUCGAUAAAGUUGUUCUGCGUCAAAUCCGCGGCUCUUCCGCUGAGGUAUAUUUGUAUGGAGGGCAGGUGACAUCUUGGAAGAAUGAUCGCGGGGAGCAGUUGCUUUUCGUCAGUAACAAGGCAAUUUUCAAGCCCCCAAAGGAAAUACGUGGAGGCAUUCCUAUAUGCUUCCCUCAAUUUUCAGACUUUGGUUCUCUUGAGAAGCAUGGAUUUGCUAGAAACAGGAUGUGGAGCAUUGACACUAAUCCUCCUCCUCCUACAACAAACUCCCCAAGUAGGGCUGCUAUUGAUUUGAUUCUAAAGCCCUCCAAAGAAGAUUUAAAGAUCUUUCCACAUAGGUAUAUCUCUAAGUGUUUCAAUGGGUUAUCAUUACAUGGAGAUUGUUUAUUAGAGUGCUAUGUAUAUUCAAUUUUCAGUUUCGAGUUCCGGUUGAGAGUUACUCUUGGACUUGAAGGAGAAUUGAUGUUGACAUCUCGGAUCAGAAAUGCAAACUCUGAUCAAAAGCCAUUUAAAUUUACAUUUGCGUAUCAUACAUAUUUCUCUGUUUCAGAUAUCAGUGAAGUUCGGGUUGAAGGAUUAGAAACACUGGACUAUCUUGACAAUAUGAAAAAAAGGGAAAGAUUCACCGAACAAGGGGAUGCAUUAACAUUUGAAUCAGAAGUGGACAAAGUAUAUCUUAGCUCACCAACAGAGAUUGCAGUUAUGGAUCAUGAAAGAAAACGGACUUUCUUGAUUCGUAAAAAUGGACUUCCAGAUGCUGUUGUCUGGAAUCCUUGGGAUAAGAAGUCCAAGGCCAUGGCUGAUCUUGGUGACAACGGAUACAAGCAUAUGAUUUGUAUUGAGGCUGCAGCAGUAGAAAAACCUAUUUUCCUGAAGCCUGGUGAGGAGUGGAUUGGACGGCAGGAGCUUUCUACUGUUCCUGCAAGUUACUAUUGCAGUGAGCUUGAUCCUUGGAGAGUCGGUGGUAGCUGAACUGCCAUCAUGUGGUGUAUAGGAGGAGGUGCCACAAAUAUGCGGCUCAGAUCGGAAGCAGCCUUUGGCUUGAUCUUCUUUCCAGGUCAACUAUCUUUGUAUAUCUUGAUAUUUUGGUGUCACUGAAGACGAGCUUUGUGGAGUAUAGAAGUUGUUAAAUAGUAUUUUGAAUGUCCGGCCCGGGGCUGUUUAUGUCAUAUGAAAGUGAUGAUAAACUUAUAUGCUUUGGAAUGGGCAACUUGUGAUCUUUACUAGUAGAAAUAAGGGAUGCCUACUUAAUAAGGUUCAAGUUGAUAAUUCUAAUUUUAUUUUUUUUUCUAUUUUGGAAAUGGAAGAGUAGAUUCUUAUUGGAUAUUUAGGCCACAAUAUUUUCUGAUAAUAUAGUCGAUGAAAAAUAACUGCUCUUGUCUCGCUCUUUGUUUAUUGUGUCGCGUUGGCAUAGUAACCUUUGGUAACGAAGUUGAUGCUCUAUUGACUGAGGGGAAGUGGCACUAUUGGUGUAUGGACCCCUUUGUUACAAUCUUCCAUAGUUUCCGAAGGACUGGGCUCACUCUUAUGCUCAGAAAUCUGAUUUGAUUCAAGUAGUCACACUCAG